AUGAAUGGCGAUGCGGGCCUCGUGGGCAGUUUGGUCGAAAGACUUACCACUAGGCUUCCACAUCGUACGGGCACCCAGGCUCAAGAUCUCCGCCACGACGACAUAGCCGUUAUUUCUCGUGCCACCCUCCUCAAGAUAAGCGCUUCGUCAAUAUCAGUCGUGCUAGGCGCCCUCGUAACGCUCUUGGAAGAGCUCUGCCGCCCCUAUAAGAGUUUCGGAAUACACCCACCUCAUGUUGUCCUUUCCGAGCUGUACGUGCUGGCAUUGGCCGCCGACUGUUGUUCUGCCCAUUGGCAGGCUGCGCUAGGCAAUGGCACCAAGGCUGGAGCAGCCACUUACGGCCAUGUCAAACCAAGUUCCGCGGCGCAACAACACCUCCACCCCCUCGAUGACCAGUUGGUAACAAGAAUAUGCGAUUACCUCAAGACGGUACUCGAUCCCAUGCCAGACGGCUACAUGCUCCCAGCGCGGACUAUUCUAGAUAACGAAACGACCCGGGAUAUACUCGAACUGCGCUUGGGCGAGUCGCCCUCGAGGGUAGCAUCCUCGGACGGCUCGGACGAAUUCGUGGAGACCUCGCGCAUGCGCAAUAGCCAUGUCAGAGAAAUUGAACCACAUGCGAGGACUAUAGUGGAGUUCAUGACCGCGUCGAGCUGGCAGCCCACUUUUGAAUACUUCAGAGGAGUUAUUUACAGCAUACGAACCGCCGUGCCUAUACAGCCCAGUGCGCCGCAACCGCUGGCCCUGGCCGAGGAUGAACGGUCCUCUUUGGUGAUAAUGCGACUACUAUCGUACUGGUGGGUGGACGGCCAAAAAUUAGGCAUUCUUCUCCAGGAGUUGUGCUCGAGUUUCCUUCACUUCCGGAAACCUUUUCAGAACACGGUGGCCAUCGUCGUUCCUUUACUUAUCAUAAGAUGGCUCGAUCGGUAUCCCAAUGAGUUCGUGAUGCUGCAUAACCAGCAUAGGAGGCUCGACGGCGGGCCUGACACGCUCUUCGAUAUGACGCAAACCAUUGUCGACAAUGGGAGAAGAAGAAUCAUGUUGUAUCCAUUCCAAAGCAUGCUUCUCUUCCUCAUCCCUGACGUCUUCGAAGUAGCUAGCAACCUCCGCGAAAUCAAAGGCAGCGGCAUGGGGAAGCGAGUUCAGUUCCUCGAGGGAUUGCGGAAGGCGCUGCGCAACCGGAACGAAGCGGCUGGAUAUUGUUUGGUGUGCAUACUUCGCGCUGCGAGACAUUUCGACAUGGAUAGCGACGCCGCGAUUGUCAGUUAUGCCAUGGAUGUCCAGGACGAAGUCCGAGAUGCAGUCUUCAGGCGAUACUCCAGUACAGACAGCAGUGGCGUCUUUGAUCAGGAUUUGACGACAGCUGCAUUCAUUGGUCUUACCCACCUGAAUUUUGAGGGCACCGUAGAGUCGCUUUCGCAGACAUGCUUGCAUCCUUCCUCGCCGCAAACUUUCAAGAUUGCCAUUAUACAGGCAUGUUCGUACUUUGCUCGUGAGCAUGAUGCCGAGGAGUAUCGUCCACUCUUUGUAGAAGUGGCCGGCUUCAUACAGAGCCAGUUAAGGACGAUGUCUGCUAUAUCCGCAGAAAUGUAUAUCAGCGACUACACUCUGCAACGCAGGGGCUCCGAGACAAGCGCCCCAAGUAUUUCUAUGAUAUGCAAUAUUUUGAACUUCCUCGAUGCAUCGCCGACCACAUUGUUUGAGAAUGCUUCUCCGGAUACCACGGUCGACUUCUACGAAAACAAUUUCGAGGCUUUUGUGUCUUGCUUGGUUUCGGCGGACGAACAAGUGAGGGCCCUGGCCAGUGUCUUGGCGAAACGGCUCCUUGCUGAAGACGGUAUCCUUGCGUCGCUGCGGAAGAUCAAGCGACUUGACUCUCAGGGGUUCAAGAACAAGUUCUGGCGGCUGACCUCGCUCGUACUUCUGAAAAUGAUUGAAAAGUAUGAUCAAGAAGACGGUGGAGCCGUAUUAAAAUCUAUUCAUGGCUAUUUGAAGUCACGACUCCUCCUACUCAACUCCAUCAAAGAGCUCUCAGAGGUUUCUGAAGAUAUUGCCGAACGCACAACAGCGUCGACGAAACUCGAGACGUUAUUCCUCGUGUCUCUCUGUUCGGCUGAUAUCGAGACCUGUGAACUUGUUACGACGUGCAUAGGGCUCUUCAAUCAAGAAUGCCGGCUGAUAGACUCGGCCUCUGAAGCAGCCAAGACUGGACCACCUCUACUACGCAACAGUGACAUAUUUGGAGAGAUCGCAUCCCGCGACUUCAGAUUUACUGGGAUUGUAGCUUUCCAGAAGCGUAUCCGUGGUCUCUUACGAAGGAUGCAGUACCCGAGCGUAGGGAUACUAGAUGCGUGGGAAUUCGCCUUCGACCGCUGGAUACAUUUGUCAAAGGAUGUAUCUGCUACUCCUGUGGAUAAUGUCGACGAUAGAAUGCUCACUGAAUGGCGCAACUACUCAGGAUUUCUCGCCUCGUUGGGCGGAAUUUGUACCGCUGAGCAGGCUUUUGUCCUUGAGGAGCCCGCCAUCGGUGGAUUGAGAUGGAUCGAUAGAUUGUCAACGGACAACAUUGAAGAGCCAUUGCUCCAUCGCUUCCUUCGGCUUAGUAUCCAACUACUGGCAUGUCCCAACGUACGGGUCCGGGAAACAAUGAGAGAAGUUCUGUCCGCCGAGAUAGCGCCCAGUCUGUAUCAACCACUCUUUAAAGGGCUCGAGUCGGAGCUCGAAAUCCUCUUCACCGGCGCGUUGGAAACGUCUGGCAAGGUGCAGCAAGAUGCCGAGAUCAUCUUCGCCGAACAAGCAGCAUCCCUGUUAAGGGCACUUGUCGAGCGACUUGUUACGCCGUCCGAGCUUGGUGCUGCAUCCUCGGUGCAUUUAGGCUCGUUAACCUUGAGUUUCGCCAAGUUUCUGGACGGAUAUACUGAUAAUCCAAGCUGCCUAAGGAUCAAAAUCAAGGUAUGCCAACUAUGCGAGAUCGUCACAAAAAAGAAGGAACACCUGAACCUUCGGGACGAUGUACGGAUACGGAAUCAGCUGCUAGAAUAUAUCUUCGGUUGGAUUGCUCGUCCUCGCUCCCCGCGACAAGACGCCUACAAUGGUCGUCAGGAUGAGAUGGCCCGCUGCCAAAGAGAUCUUGACAAGGCGUGUCUUCGUUCGCUGGCAGAAUUAACCUUCCGCCUGCCUCUCCAACCAGGCGAUGGCCAAAACGACGCGGGGACCAGCGAGCUGAAGUCCCAAAUGUUCCACACCUACUUCAAUCGAUUCCUAUCUCUACUCAACUACGAUCCUAUGGAGGCUCAUAGAGGCGACCUGGCUGGACCUUUGGGCCAGCGUGACGACACAACACCUACAGCUGACCUCGCUAUCACCAUCUUGUCUAACCUCCUCAGUGCCAACAUUGACGUCGGCCUGAAGCAUUCGCUAAGCAUUGGCUAUCAUGAGAAUGUGGAGAUACGCACAGCCUUUGUCAAGGUCCUCUACAAUAUCCUUGUCCAGGGAACCGAGUUCAGCAACUUGUCAGAUGCUGCUGUGAGUGAGAAGUACGAAGAGUUGUUAGAACUUCUCACACACGACAUGCAUCUUGCCGUGGCCAUCAGCAGCAUCUGCCCCAGUAACGAGGUCGAUGAGCUGACCAUCUCGCUGCUCAACGUUUUCGAGACCCGAGGCCUCACCUAUGAGCUCAUGGAUGCCUUGAUCAAGCAAGAAAUUGAAGAAACGGAGAACGAGUCUGAGAUCUUACGCCGCAACUGCGUCGCUACCAAGAUGCUUUCUGUAUACGCCAAAUGGAAGGGCGCUCAGUACCUUCGCGACACACUCCAAAAGGUUGUCGAGCGAUUGAUGCUCACGUCGAAAGACCUGGACCUUGAGUUGGAUCCUGCAAGGAUCCAGUCCCAAGAGGAGGUCCAGAAAAAUGCACUGCAGUUGCGCAUUGUUGCCAAAGUCUUCAUCGAUGAUAUUCGUGCCUCCUCGGCCAACAUUCCAACAUCCUUCCGCAAGAUCUGCAGCAUAAUCUCUUCAGCAGUCAUGCCCAAAUUCCCAGAAGCUAAAUACACAGCUGUCGGUGCCUUCAUCUUCCUGAGAUUCUUCUGCCCGGCCAUUGUAGCCCCGGAUGCUGAAGGCCUUGUUAGCACUGCACCCUCUAAGGAGAUGCGCCGAGGGCUUCUCCUGAUUGCGAAAGUCGUUCAAAACUUAGCAAACAACGUUCUCUUCGGCGCCAAGGAACCUUACAUGUUUCCUCUGAAUGAUCUCCUAACACAAAACAUCUACAAAGUGACGACGUUCCUCCGCGAAAUCUCGGUCCCGCCUGAAAUACCCGUCGCCCGUCCCACAGAAGGUGAAACGUUUGACUUUGGGUCAUGUGUUGCGCUUCAUAGAUUCCUAUACGACCACUGGGACCAGGUUCGUCAGAGACUGAUGUCCCAAGAACGGCGAGACUACGUAAGAUCCCCUGUUGAAGUUGCCCGCGGUCGCUCGCCCGUACUUGAGCCUCUGCGUGCUCUGAUUACUAACCUGGGGCCACCGCCUCUCGCUGUUACGUGGAACCGGCCGCAAAUCUCGGCCAACAGUCCACCUUCUUACUCUAGGUUCCAACAUUUCAUGCUUCGAAAUGCUUUCCGCAGUACUGAGUCAUUCAUGACUUCUCGAGCCGUUUAUGACGGAGGCGAAAGCAAGGACGGGCUUUCUAUCAUAUGUGUGAUCCUUCGCCACAUUGACUCGGAGUCUAUUGACUAUGAUACUCUUCUUCACUGUUACCUCAAGAUUGCUAGUCGCCUGUGGCAUCGACCAUUUGGGUUGCUCAUCGAUGCAACAUGCUACAACGGCCAAAAUGAGCCUCAAGACGACAUAUUCAAGAAACUUGAGUUGCUAAGUCCAACAGAACUCUCCCGUAUGUUGUCCAGGAUUUACGUGUACAAUAUGAACAGUGCUUUCAGGAAAUGCCUGCGGCGCAUCCUCCGGGUUGCAACCAAGAGUGAUACGAGCAUCUUUAACCCUGGCAAUGUCGACUACCACCUGAUUGGCAGUCUUCAAGACCUUCAGGCUCACUUCCACCUGAGCCAGCUCCACCUUCCCAAAGACACUAUUAGUGUUGUGACCGAUACCAGAUAUGUCUUCCAACCUAUUACCCGCCUGUCCAAGACAAAGGGCAAGAUCGAGGUGACCAUCAAAGUUGGAAGCCAGUUUGUUCAAGUUACAACGGCCAAGAAGCAGGAGGUGCACCCAGGGUUCCGCCUUCACGCAACAGUCAACGACAUCUUCCGACUAGGCGAUGUCGACGAGGCACCCACAUCUAUCCCCACCGAGGAUGACUCCGCCUUUGGGCUUCGUGCAGAUAAUGGCAAGAUCGUCAUGUACUUUCAGAGCCCGAAGAAACUUGAUGUCUUGCAAGCCGUUCGAGGCGCCAAGGCCAAGUAUGCCAAAGACACGAGGGCCAUGAAGUCCUUCGAGAGACUGAUUCGACCUCAAGAUGUCCCGGGCACAUUGCUGAACCUUGCGCUCACCAAUCUCGCUGCCCCUGACCCGGUUCUUCGUCUUUCUUCCUAUAAUCUGCUGGGUGCUCUUUGUCGGGCCUUCAAGUUCAAGGCCGCAUCUAAGUUCAUGUGUAUUCGAGACGUGUCGGUGCCACUGGAUCCCACGCAGUUCAUCGUGAACAUUAGCAAGGUUCUUGCCCACGAGGAGCCCCAACUUACUUCGGAUUUUUUGAAUGAAUUCUUCGUCGGCUGGGAGAGUUUCUCGGAUGAACAGAAGCCCCUGAGUCUAGCAUACAUGGCGCCAUGGCUACCAAGCCUGCGAACUUCGCUUCUCGGGGACGAGGCUGAUAGCGAGAAGGGCAAGGAGAAGAUUGCUGCCAUCUUCCGCAAACUGAUUGACGUGUGCAUCACAGAUCCCACUCUCGGCUUGACGCUGGAACAUACAGUAUGGCCGUCUAUAUACAAGGACGAGACAUUACUGGACAUAUUCCUCGAGGAGAUCCUCAAGGCAGCCCUAAGUCUGGGGUUCUAUGAUGAGCAGACACAGUGCCUAACGUCCAUAGUGACAGCCAUCGGCACCAUCACCCUUCGUGGCAAAAUCAUAUCGCGCUUGAGGAAGGCCUUGAACCGGUCUUCCCAGCGGCCGACCAAGUAUCUGCCCGACAAUGCGGUCUGGUCCGAGAUAUGCGUGCUCCUCCAGUUCUGUCUUUCCUUGUCAUUCGACUGUGGUGUUCAGUCGCAGGUGUAUCUCCCUGAAAUUUUCCACAUCGUGACCAUGCUGGCCAACACUGGCCCUUCGGACGUACGAGUCCUCGUCCACCGGCUUCUCAUUAACUCGAUCCACGCGGCCUGCACCUCUUUCAAACUCGAUGACGCCAAGUUGUCUAAACUUCGCAGCACGCUUGAAACUUUGUCGGAGCCAAGAAACGACGUCUUUGCUGCUCCCGUGUUUUCCCGCGAUGGCGCCUCCAUAUCAACGAAUCAAGAGACUGGUCCUACGCUUUCGUCGACCGAGAACCUCGCAUCGUUGCUCUUCGAGAUCUGCUCCAUCGCGGGACCAUCUGUGGACAUGGCCAACGCAUGGCGGUCCCGAUGGAUGAGUUUAGUCGCGAGUACGGCGUUCCAGAACAAUCCCGCAAUCCAGCCACGAGCGUUCACCGUCAUGGGGUGCUUGGCUCGUGAAGAAGUGGACGAUGAUCUGCUGUACCAAGUUCUGGUUGCUCUACGUAACUCGGUUGGGCGACAUGGUGAAGAUCACCACAACGAGAUGCUUGUGGCUAUCGUCACAUCCCUGUCCAAGAUGAUGGGAAAGCUCAACACGGCCUCUCGCUAUGGAUUCCAGUUGUUCUGGCUGGCCAUGUCGCUGCUCCGCCUUGUCCCACCCAAUCUCUUCAACUGUGCUGCCAACUUCUUGGAAGCUGUGCUUACCAACAUUGGGACGUCAAGCGAGCUGAGGAGCGAAAAGAUGGCUCAGUUGCUUUUGCAAGGUCGCGUGCAACUGGAAGAGGCAGCUCUACCCCUCGACGAUGCAUAUGGCAUCCACUUCGCGGCCGAAAACUUCCCCUUUGCCGUCUGCGCUUGCCUAGUGCGCGGUCUCACGGACACCGUGACGAGGGCAACAGCUUUGCGUGUGCUCUCCACCUUCCUCGAAAUGACCAACACUUCAGCUUCUACUUUCUUAUCCGAGAAAGUACCGAGAAAUCUGCAAAGUUCACCAUAUCUUGCCCUCAUCCAGGCCCGAGCGGUCGAGCUGGAAGAGUUUAAGGACACGCUGUGGCUGUCGGGUAUCAACCCCACCAAUGUCGUAGGUCUAAGCACCUCGCGCGGCUUGCGCGAUCUCUCUGCCAUCAGCGACAAAGAUCUACUCCUCAAUACGGCCAUCGAGCUAGUCGACUUCCAGUAUCUCGAGGAUGUGGUGCAGAACCGCACGCUAGUUUGGCUGAAUGAACUAGCCGUGGGCAGACCGGCAGUUAUAAUGCAUCUCGCUGCACCAAUCGCGCACAUCCUCGACGACAUCCUGUUGCACUGCCAGAACUCGGUCACGCUGGCCUCGGCGCAUAUCCUACUUCAGUCUAUUGCGUCCAAUCCCAAAGUCGCCAAAUCCAUCGAUUCGACGGGCGUGCUGAACGAGAUUUUGGAGGAUAUGGGAUUCGGGGGCUUAUGGCGUUCUUGCAGCUUCAAUCAGGCGCAGGAGCCGGAUAAGCAGUGCUUUGCUUUGACGGAGAAGCUUAUUGAGCUUAUUAUCGUCUGA